AUGGUCACCACACGCGCCGCCUCCUCUCGCGCCGCCAGCGUCGAGCCCACCGCCUUCGUCCCCGCAACCCCCUCCGCCAAACGCUCCUCCAAAUCAUCCGCCACCAAGUCCUCCAAAUCCGCCUUCACCCACGUUCCCACAACCGCCACCCUCGCCUGGCUCGCCAUCUCCCUGCCCCUCGUCAUCUGGGACACCGGCUACGUGCUCCUCCGCCCGCUGUCCAUGCCCGGCGGCUCCCUCCACUGGCCCAUCUGGGCGCCCUACAAGCUCUACGGCGAGGUCGAUCACAUCUACGGCUUCAAGGCCUUCAACGCCGGAAACGGCUUCACCAGCGCCCAGGGCUUCCUCAAUGCCGUCGAGACCCUGCUUUACCUCUGGUACUUUGCCGCCUGGUUCUUCUCCGGCAAGCGCUCCUCUGCUGGAAUCAAGGUCUUGAGCGGGAGGGCUGGUGCCAGGGCCACUCUCAUUGGCUUCAGCGCCGCUAUCAUGACGCUUAGCAAGACGGUUCUGUAUUGGGCAAACGAGUACUACAGUGGUUUCGACAACAUCGGCCACAACCCCCUUCAAGAUCUCAUUCUGCUCUGGAUCAUCCCCAACGGUGCUUGGCUCGUUGGCCCGACCUACAUGAUCUGGUCCAUCGGCAGCGACCUUGUCAGCGGCCUUGACCCUGCCUCACGCUCAAAGAGCGAGUAA